AUGUUGCGGCAAGACUUUAACCGAAUUGACCCUAAACGGCGCAAUGUCGUCGACCACCGCAAGAAGCAGUUUGCUACACCCACAUACAAGGACCUCGAUUACCCCCAUCGUCUCAACUUUUAUUCGGAUCCUCCUACUGCAGACAUCACCCUCGAACAGUUUGAACAAUGGGCUAUCGACAGACUUCGAGUUCUCGCCGAACUCGAAGCAUGCUCCUUUCGCAACAAGACGCCCGCCGAGACAGCAAUCCACAUGAAGCCCAUCCUCAAGAAGCACCUGUUCCUCGAGGCCAACAGUUCCGGUUCCAAGAAGCUAUUUGAGCAGCGCCAAAAAGACCACUACAGCCACUUUAUUCUACGACUAGCCUUUUCGUCGACUGAGGACCUGCGCCGUCGAUUCACGCGUGUUGAGACGAUGCUCUUCCGUCUGCGACUCAACGAAGACGAUCUUGCGGAGCGAUCAGCUUUUGUCAAGACACUUGGUUUGGAUUGGUGCGAAGAUGUGACAGAGGAAGACAGGAGGGAAUACGCUGCAGAGUUGGCUGCCUUUCACCGAAAGGGCGACAAUGAGGACGACACUUGGUUCAAGGUGGACUGGAUGCGAGUUCCUGACCUGAUUGAGAGCCGAAGGGUGUUCCUCAAGGCUGGAAUGGCAUUUGUACCCGGUCGUGAACAGGCCGGCAUGGUUAUCUCGGAGUUCACUUCGCGCUUGGAAAGACAACUUGAGUUGACUGCCCGCGCUCUUCCCCGACUCGAUGAGGACGACCGACUUACACCCAUUCUCAACCAUCUCUCCAAGAACUUCAUCACCCCGGACGCUUCUUACAUGUCAAGCACAGCCGCGGUGCCCGGUGCCGAAAUCAGCGCCAACAACGUCGACAAUCUAUCGCAACAUUUCCCAGCCUGCAUGUCCCACCUCCACCGCUCGCUGCGUCGCGAUAACCAUCUCAAGCACUUUGGUCGACUACAAUACUCACUCUUCCUCAAGGGUAUCGGCCUGAAUCUGGAAGAAUGUUUAGUGUUCUGGAGAAAGAGCUUCAACAAGAUGACAGACGAUAAGUUCAACAAGGAGUACCGAUACAAUAUUCGUCACGUAUACGGUGAUGUUGGAGGUGACUCCAACCGAAGAGGAGGUGGUUACAGUCCGUUCAGUUGCCAAAAGAUCCUUACUGAGCAUCCUCCUGGGCCCGGCGAGGCCCAUGGAUGCCCAUACCGACACUUUAACAUGGAGAACCUGUCAGCCCUCGUACAAGCGAUGGGUGUAAAUGAUCGCUCCGUUGUUCAGGGUGUCAAGGAGGAUAAGGAUAAGCAAAAGUUCCACAUGGCAUGCAAUCGCGUAUUUGAACAUAUACACAAGAAAGAGAUUAAGAAGGCCAAGGAUGAGGGCGUCAUGACACAAGCACAGCUCGAGACCAUUGUCCAUCCCAACGAAUACUUCAAGCGCAGUUUCCUACUAAAGAACCUCGACAAGGAGACAUCAGGAGACGUGCGAAUGGAGGGUUGA